AACCCGCUGUUCUUUCGAACGAUAAUUAUGUCAUACAAAUGGCAUCAUAACUUUCCGAAAAUCGCUAGAGAAGCUGGUUUUACAAUACGUGAGCUUUCCGCAGGACAUUGCAUCGAUUGGCGUUUCAUUGCUUCCAUCGAUCCGUAUGGUAUUGUGAGCGAGCAGGAUUAUGAGAAACUCGACGAAUUCAUUCCCCACAUAUCGGAAGUACCUAUCGGCAGUGUAUUAAACAAUCGAAUUCUCGAUCCGGCCAUUGGAAAAUACUUCGUGCUAGCACAAUUCAGCAUUCAAUAUCUGCUGUUUUGCAAGCAGUUUCUUGAUGAAACAGUGCUGGAAAUUAGAAACACCAUACAGAGCUUACAGGAGGAAAAUGCACGGCUUGACAAAAUGAACCGGAAACGCAACGAAGAGGUGACCGUGCUGCAAAGGAAGUUACAACGUGUCGAAAGCAUGGAACAUCAACACGCACAAGUAGCCAACGUCAUUUAUCCGUGUUCGAAGUGUACAAAAAAUUUCAUCAGCCCAGAACUGUUGAGUGCCCAUAUGGUACGGAAACAUGCAAGCAUUGUGCGGCCAGCGGAAACCACAUUCGAUCGUAAACCGUCUAGCACGGACACCAACCUGAUCAAUACCAUUAAACUCGAGCUGGAAGUGAAACAGCUAAAGGAACGACUAAAUGCAGCAGAAAAGGAUCUUCACAACCAGCGAACGAAACACCACCGAUGUCGCGUUUGUUCCGAGGACAGCAGCAGUGUUACGGAGAAGCCGCCAGCAAAAAUACUCCACAGUGUUGGCAUUCAAAGCAAUCUUACGGAUGAUAAGGAUUUAAAUGACAAAGAAGCACAAACGCAGACAGACACACCACCGGCGGUAGAAUCCGUUGCAGUCCCGAAUAACCAACCGAAGGAUCCAGCCCAUUCCGCAGAACUUAUUUCAAAGUCCGAUUUGCAACGCUUUUUGGAAGAGCAAAAGCAACUUUUCGAAAGCUGGAAAACGGGUGAAAGAGAAACACUGAACCAGGAAAUCGAAACCGUCAAACAGAAUCUUGUUGAUGUUAUUCAAAACAUGGAGAAGUCCGAAAGAAAUACUCCUACGCCAGAUGUAGAAGAGAGCGUUUGGAAGGAUAGAUAUAAAGAGUUGGAAAAAAUGUACGAAAUAAGUCAAAAGCAAACUCAACAAGCAAUUGGAUCGUUCGAAAAGGCAUAUACACAAAAGAUAGAACAGAUAGAGAAGCUGCUGCUUCAGGCACGAACUGUAGAGCAUGGUACAAAUCAGCUCAAUACCGCCGCUAUCACGCAUAUUAACCAAAAGGUCCCCCACAGUUCGACCGGUUUAAAAGUGGUUACUCUUCCAACAGUUAUCAUAGAAAGUGAAUCAGUAGCUGAUUUCACCAAAGAGACGACUGAAACCAACGUACAAAGCCAGGUGAUCUCUUCCGAAUCGGAACAAGUUGAAAGCGAGGAAGAAAUGAGCCACACCAUUGAAGCCGCCGGGAAACGUCAACUAUCUCCGAAUGCCCCGCGUACCGUAGUUGCUGCCACUCCAGAACCGUCCAAGGAUUCUAAGCCUCAAUCUUCCCACAACGCCUUACUCAUUUCGCCCAAAAAACAAAUUUUGGCUCAAUUCCGUGCACGCUUAAAAGCGAUCGGAGUCGAUCCCAAAUCGAAGCAAUUGUUUGGUGAUAAUUUAAAUACGGCCUGCAAAGCCCUAGCAGACCGAAGGGAAGUUCAAAAACAAAAGCACAACCAUUUUUUCAUUACUCGUAACCAGUUGCUCUCGAAGGUGGAUCAAUUAGCGCGGAUCAAAGUGGAAGAAACGCCGCAAGCGAAGGGAGUGGCUCGGAGAAUGUCGGUCGAUCAACCGAUCCUGAUGAGAAAAGGAAUGCAUCCCUCUUCCACUAAAGUACCCACGACCCAACCCCGACUGAAAGCAUCUUCAGCACUAGAGUUACUUCCCUCAAAGCAAAAGUUGCACCUUCCGGAAAUGGGUGCAAUUGAAUCGACCGAUCUAAAUAUGUUUAAGAGCAAAACUUCCGUAACGGUUCCUGGGAAUCAGAAACCUUCGUACAGACCUACCAUUAAACUUACCGAUGACGAUAUUAUCACCGUUCAUGCGGACGUGACACAUAUGUCCGGUGUGGAAGAAUCCAUCACAGUACCCAACAUGGCUAAGCGAUCUUCUAUUUCCAGCUACGAUCAGCACGUGGAACGAUUGCUGCAUACUCCAAUAAAGACAAUUCAUCCCGCAAUCGGGACAAGUCAUACGCAGAUGAUAGUGCCGCAAGAAAAUCCACCGGACAACAGUGGAAUUUAUGACGGAACGUCAAUACAACCGAAACCAAUUCCCAAAAAGCGUGUACUAUUUAAUUUGGACAAAGCAGAUUACAUUCAAGCUGCUGGAAGUUCCGUGCCAAGUGGGCAGCAGCAAAUAGCCGAAGAAUAUUUACGUUCUCAGCAAAAAUACGAUCACCAAAAGGCUAAAAUAGACGAGGAAUCUGAUUGGAAUAUUAGCAGUUUUGACGAAGAUAAAUGAUUGUCACACAAUAUUAGCGAUUAAUGAAUGAAAAAAAAACUGUUUAAAUGCUGUAUAUAACAUUUUUAUUUAUCACCCGAAACUCGUUCGUUUUUUCAGUUCCUGUACCUUUCCCUGUGAGCUUGCACAUUGUUUUUUUCUUCUGUCUUACGCUUUCUCUUCCGAGGCCUGCGUUGCUA